GCUAGCAUGAAAAGAGACCAGCGCCAUGGCGACGGAGAAGCAGACGGCAAGGCAGAGCUGGUCUUUGUCAACGGAGGCGGCAGUGACCCUGCGGAGGACGAAGCUUCUCCCCCAGCUCUGGCAGCCAACGGGAGCCAACGGGAGCCCAAGACACAAGAUGCUGCGGUGGACCUAGGACUCGUGGCCGCUAGGCGCAAGAAGGCCGGCAAGGAAGGCCUCUCCAAGGAAGACCUGUCUUGGCCCGCGAAGCUCAGCGAGCCUCAGGAGGUGCGACCGCGCGGCGCUGCCGGCUGGGGGAGCAGCCUGAGGCAGAAGCCUCCAGCCCGCGUGAUCUUCCAGGCAGGACUGAGCCUCCACGAGAGGAAAGGGAAAGACGAGAAUGGCCUGGGGAGUGACAAGGAGUCCCUGGCUCCCGUUCGGUGCUCGAAGGCCCUGAUCGACCUCACCGAGGAGGAUUCUAAGGAGUCCUCCCGGAGCAGCAGUACCGCGUCCGCCGGCAGCAUCCCAGAGGAGCAGGACGGCUCUCCUGAGCAUGCAGCUGGGCAGCCGGAGAGCAGCGCAGCAGGGGAGGUGGUGGAAUACCAGGACGGGAAGGAUUUUGGAAUUGGGGAGCUCGUGUGGGGGAAGAUCAAGGGCUUCUCCUGGUGGCCUGCCAUCGUUGUCUCCUACCGCGUCACGUCCAAGCGCCGGGCCAUCUCCGGAAUGCGCUGGGUGCAGUGGUUUGGGGACGGGAAGUUCUCCGAGGUUUCGGCCGACAAGCUGGUGGGGCUGAUGGCUUUUAGGCAGCAUUUCAACCACUCCACGUUCAACAAGCUGGUCUCCUAUCGGCGCGCCAUACACCACGCCCUGGAGGUGGCCGGGAGCCGGGCAGGGAAGACGUUUCCGGGCGCCGCUGGGGAGUCCCUGGAGGAGCAGCUGAAGCCCCUGAUUGACUGGGCCCUCGGCGGCUUCAAGCCCAUGGGAUGCAAGGGGCUGAAACCCCCGAAACAGCCAGAGCAAAUGGUUUCCGAAGCCACCACCAACAACCGGAGCCUGGAAGUGGUGCCUGGAGGCCUGGGACCGUCCGUCUCCCUGCAAGAGGGGAGAGAGGAGAGACCUGGGUCCUGGGUCCUGCCCCGCCCUGGAGAUUUACCACAGAAUGGUGGCGCUGGAAGGGGGCGCGGUGAAGCUGCCUCUGGCACUCAGUGUUGGCCCGCUUGGUGCAGGUGCUUCUGUGUCGAGUGCUUGGAGGUGCUGGUCGGGCGCGGGACCUCGGCAAAGGCUAAAGAGCAAGAGCCCUGGAGCUGCUACAUGUGCCAGCCCCCGAAGUGCUACGGCGUGUUGCAGCGCCGGCCGGACUGGAAUAUCCGGCUGCAGGAUUUCUUCACCAGCGACAAAGGGCAGGAAUACGACGCCCCGAAGAUCUACCCGGCAGUCCCGGCAACGGAAAGGAGGCCGAUCAGAGUGCUGUCCCUGUUUGACGGCAUAGCAACCGGCUACCUGGUCCUGAGGGACCUAGGCAUCAAAGUGGAGAAAUACCUGGCCUCAGAGAUCUGCGAAGAUUCCAUUGCGGUGGGAACCGUCCGGCACGAGGGGAACAUCACGUACGUGCACGACGUCCGGAACAUCACCAAGAGAAACAUUGACGAAUGGGGCCCCUUUGACUUGGUGAUCGGAGGCAGCCCCUGUAACGAUCUGUCGAUUGUGAAUCCUGCCAGGAAGGGGCUGUACGAGGGGACUGGGCGGCUGUUCUUCGAGUUCUACCAUCUCCUCAACUACGCGCGCCCCAAGGCCGGGGAGGAGCGCCCCUUCUUCUGGAUGUUUGAGAACGUGGUGGCCAUGAGAGUCAACGAUAAAAGGGACAUUUCUCGAUUUUUGGAGUGCAACCCAGUCAUGAUCGACGCCGUCAAGGUAUCUGCCGCGCACCGAGCACGCUACUUCUGGGGCAACCUGCCUGGGAUGAACAGGCCUCUGGUAGCCUCAAGGACUGAUAGAGUUGAGCUUCAGGACUGCUUGGAGUACAGUAGGAUAGCCAAGUUGAGGAAGGUGCAAACCAUAACGACCAAAUCCAACUCCCUCAGGCAGGGGAAAAGCCUGCAGCUGCCCGUGCUCAUGAACGGGAAGGAAGACAAUUUGUGGUGCACUGAGUUAGAAAGGAUCUUUGGCUUCCCCCUUCACUACACCGACGUGUCCAACAUGGGGCGUGGGGCUCGGCAGAAGCUGCUCGGGAGAUCGUGGAGCGUCCCGGUCAUUCGGCACCUCUUCGCCCCGCUCAAGGAUUAUUUUGCCUGUGAAUAGCAGGGAUUCCCUCGUCUCCUCCGGUCAAGAUGCACUAGCUCAACAGCGUGUGUGGGAGCGGGAAGGAAGAGAACAGCCCACACGCUCCAUCACUUGGUAGGGAACGGUCUCCCCAGCCACACGCUUUGGGGCGGACGUGUGGCCCUUCAGGGCGAGCGUAGGAAACUUUAACCAAAGAACCUGCUAGGGGGAUUUUUUCAAAGGGACAGAAAGUAUCGGAACACUCUUUAGAAAGUAUUGAAGGCAGAUGCUAGCUUGCCUCACUCAGGAGACUGUAGGGAUGGUGGUUGGAGACCCUCUUGUCUCACAUAGUGCAUUAACCAUUCCUUUUACUGUACAGUUGGAAAGUAGUGAGUCACCGGCUGGGUGGCCAACGCAGCUGGCUGGUGUGCUGCAAACAAACUUGAAAUAGUUAGAAACCAUGCUUUUUUUGACACCCAACCUCUAAAAACAGUUGCUAGGACAUCAGACCUGUAGCCACAGGGAUACAGAACCCUUUCAGGUUACAUACACUGAACGAACAAGCGGGAGACAUGAAAAAAAAAAUCGCUUUUUACAUUUUUUUUUGUUCGAGUUCAAUUUUGUUUUUAAACCUUUGUUGCUGCUUUCAAGCAUUACAUGAGAAUGUGGAAAUUCCUAGACCUGAAUGUAGCUGAAACUGAACUGUGAGGUGAUAGAAUUACUUGUCUAGUUAGAAGUGUUGGUGUGUGCGUUCGGCUGUAGUUUUGCCAACACUCCUUCCUUUUUACAACCUUCUUUUCACUUGUACAUUAGGCAGCGCGGAACAGUUUGAAAGGUGAAACAUGACUCAGUUCAGGGAGCAUGUGGGCUCCAGGUCACUAGAAGGAAAUUGUUCUCUUAACACUUUAGCAAACCAAUGGGCGGGCAGGGCCGUGCUGGGUGUUUUUUUAAGAACCUCAAAACUAACAGUCUUCUAGCCCUAACUGUUGCUGGACCCCCCGAAAUCCGACACAGCCACUCCACAGAGAAGCUGUCGCAAAAUCUAACCUGGUGCAAGGAAUCCUUGAUCAGAAAUAUGCGGAGCGGGCAGCAUCACAACCUCAAGUCACUUUAGCCCCAAUCCCGAUCCUAUGAAGUCAGUGGGGUGAAAUCCUGAACCCAUUGAUAUCAAGGGCAAGACUUCCAUUGACUUCAGCACAGCCAAGAUUUCACCCUAGGAAUUUUGCCCGUCGCCUGGUUAAUGGUGCAUUCGUCCUGGCUACAGCAGGGCUGGAGCAGGCCUGCGUGACUGGAAAAGGGAACCCUUCCGCCGUGGUGUAAACACUCCACGCCCCUGCCCUUUCCCCCGGGAGAGCCAUUUUAUUUCUCCUCUGCCGUCCCGGCGCGCCCAGGGAACGUCUGCUCAGAAGCACAGCGGGCCACCGUUUUACUCUGCUCUUCGCCUGCCUGCAGGCACAGGGAUAGUUUGCACAAAGCCACGUCCGUGGCUCCAUGCACGCGCCUGUGUUGGGGGUGUGCCUGGACCCACGGGGACCGGGAUGGUGCCCUUUGCUGAGCUGGGUCAGACCUGAGCUGGAGUUCCGGCUUCAGGCUUGAACAGUCCAAGAUGGGGCGAGCAUCACUGGCUCCUUCCUGCCCAACCCGCUGCCGUGCGCUCAGAAGGGGGCUCCCCCGGUGGGCCGGGCAUGGCGAUGGGGGCUGCAGCAGACCCACUACCUCAGCGCCUCGCUGAUGUUCCCAUCUUGCCUCCUGCCGAAGCUGAAAGGAACUCCCCGGCUGCUGCUCUGGAGACGGCCUGGCUCCGAAGAUUCCAGCGACCACGCAGGAGGGCUGGGGAAGGCUCCCCUGCACGUUGGACGGACGCCACGAGGGACGGGCUCGCUGGCAGGUUGACUAAAGCAGCAGAGGGACGUCCCGCUUCUUUCCACAGGGUAACGGCGCUCCUGGCAGAGCUCCCCCUCAAAGUGGCCCCCUCGUGGGCCUGUUGGCAUGCACCAUCCGGACCUGCAGCUCCUCCGUCCUCUCCUAGCGCUGCUCUUUGCUCCACCAGUGGCCCCCGGGUCGUGCAGCCUGUUUCGAUGCUCGCGCCUGUGGAAGUUCUUUGCUGAAUGGCAUGAAGUGUGGCGGGAGCGGAUCUGGCGGAAAGCCAAGGGCGCUGCGUCCAGGCGAAGGGUUGAGCAGGAGACAGACCAGCGGGCUCUGGGCAGUAGCUGGGCGGGCUUCCGCGUCUUCAAGCAGCUCUUGCCUUUCUCAAUUAAGAGACACCUCUGUGUCUUAGGGCAAGGGAGGCCUCGGCCCGGCCCUCCGAACAGCCUUGCUGGUGAUGUGAAGAGCUAGGCCCAGGGUCAUCUUUCUGCAUUGUGCUCAGCGUUCCUAAAGGGCAGCCGCCCCUUCCACCAGGAUCCCUGAGUAGUGAGAGCGUCCCGAUCUCGGCUCCUGCUGCCCCUCCUUGAAAACAGGAGAUCCCUGUGCAUCUCCAUCCCAGGCCUGAGGGGAGGGCGUCAUCCCCAGCGGAUGAAGGGCCUCGUUUCUCACUCCUGACCCUGCGUCAAGCUCUUGGAUCUACAUGUAGGUGGUUUCCCACUUCCAGCCGCAGCGGCAGCCUGCCUCUUCUUGAUGGCCAGACUGGGAACUGGCAGCAAGAGGAGGCAGGUCAUGGCCGAGGGAGACAGCGGUUUCCCCAGAGGAGAGACUGAGCCGUGUUCUCCUCUGUCCUACGUGGCACUUCCCUCCCAGUGGCACUUGGAAGCCCUGCCACGUAGCAUGUGCCCAGGUGAGACCCACUUGAGAAUGCACUGAGUUCCGAAAUGCUGGAACCUCCCCGGGCAGCGCUCUCCUAUGCUACCUCCAUUCCUUCUAGGCAACUCAGGGACAAGAAGCAGCCGGUCAUCUCACACCCAUAAACUAUGUAGCGGAGACGUAGGAGGCCCGACGUGCAGUGGCGUAGGUGUGCAGAAUGCUCGUCUGGUGAGCAUGCAGCCUACACCUCUGCAUGCAUUGAUGCCCGCGCAGCUGGUGCAUUGGGUGCCUCUGCGUGCAGAGUUGAGGAACUCUGCAGGCGUUUGCCGGCCAAGCUCAUCUGCAACUCUUGGACCAAAAGCUUCGCUCUGAACCCUGACCCUCUUCUGGAUCCGGAUGAGAACACUAAUCCCUCACCCUCACCCUACUUGCUGUCAUGUGAAAGCCUUUUCUAGUCCACGUGGGUGGACAGCGGAACCCCGCAGCAAAGUAGUUUUGCAUGUUUGCAGGAGUCUGCCCACGUGGAGCUCGAGGUAGGAUUGAAGCUUUAGAGUCAAACGAGACCAGGAGAUUACGAAAUCUCCGUUUGAGUCCACCAUUCGUUUUAGCCUUGGCCCUUUUUUCAGACUGGAUUAACACAUGACCUCAACUCAGGUCCGCCUUCGAAUACUCUUACCCCAGUGUUCAUCUCCUUCCCUUCCUCAUCAAAAUUAAAAUAAACACACAAUGGUGGAAAGAUUUGGAAAGCAAACGAAGAUCAGGAAAAGAGGAAUAAAAGUUCUUGGCAUUAAAUUUACAAUUUUUUCAUGUGAUCUUAGACAAAGUAUUUUUCCCUGUAAAAUCUGCCUUUUACUACAUGUUUAUAAAAAUGUCUUAAGGAGAGACCUGCAUUUCAGGAAUGCUAUUUUAUUGAAUCUUAUCAGCUUUGUACUCUUCAUUGGUGCUAUUUUUUUAGACUAAGGAUUUUAAUGUUCAAAUGAGUGUGGGUUUUUAUACGAUCUUUUAAAAUCACAACCAGCUUGUAUUUUUGUUUUGUUGCAAUAUUUCAGGUUUUCUGUAAAAUGGACCCAGUACCAAAGUAUGAAAAAUCAAAACUGUGCCUUGUCUAAACAGUUUACUCAUUUUCUUAUGGGGAAAAAAAAAAAAGGAUUAAUGCCAAGAGUUUACCUGAGCAUUUAUCAUGGUUUAAUUAAAAUCAGUAUUUCUAUAUGA